AUGUCAAAAGGAGUCCAUGCUAAUAGAUUGUAUUCCAAGGACAGAGAUAGGAAAGUGUUGGUUCUACUCGAUGGCUCAAAAGAGUCUGCUUUCCUUUUUCGCCAAGUUGAGGACGCGAUGAAGCAGAAGAAUUUCAAGCGGCUCAUACUCGAGCCUUGUUUUGUCUUCCUUUUGUCUUCUACCGAUAUAGCGGAAAUUCGCCUUGUAGAAGAGCGUAUGCAUAUUCUUCGUCAGGCGCUUCCAGGAACGUAUUUUAUCGUACAUUUGUCGGCCAUUUUCGGGCAUAUUGAGCUGACUGAUGACAACAGCUGCCAAGGUCUUCAAUAUCUUUCGAAGUUAGAAGAAUUUCUUAGUGCUUUUCGUACAGUUGUUUCACGAGAGGAAGCCAUGCGCAUUCUGAAAAUUCGAGUUCUCCAAAAGCUGUCUCGAAUCACCAAAGUGUCAAAGGUAGAUGUUAAGUAUUUCUUCCAUUUCCUUGAGAUUGUAACCCACUUUUUUGUAGGUGGCUCUAUAUCAAAAAUGACUGAUGUCGUCGAGAAAACGUUGACGGGAACAACAUUUGUACGACCACUGCGAGAUGUUACCUCCGCAGAGAUUGCUGUCGCACUACGGUUGGAAAAUGUGGAGAAUUACGUACUACUUCCAGAGCUAAAGUCUGGAUUAUCUCCUAACCUGCAUUUUUGCGAAGCAUCGAAGAAGAGAUCUUUACAGGAAAUGUCUUCUGCCUUUCUAGCUCACUUCAUAAAAGAAGGAUUUGAGAGUACAAUCCCCACGGUUCUUGGCAUCUCAAAUAAGGUUCAUUCACCUGUUGAAGAGUCUUGUUGUUCUAUAUGUGACUACCCUACUAGUGCAUCACCUUCAUUGUUGAUUAUGAUUGUUGAAACUAAUCAUUUUAUGCUAUGA